AAGAAGAGCUAAAGCACUUUCAAGGGACCCACUGCUUGUCCUCAUAUUACCCCUCCAUUGAUGUGAUCUUCAUUUCACCUCUUUCCUUUUGCUUUCUUCUCUGUGUAGGGGAGAAAAGAAAAAACCCUUCAUGAAAAACAAUGAUGUCAAUAAACAAAGGGAAAGAAAUUGCUCAAGGGUCUUCGAGAUCAGCUGCUGUUGUUGUCACUGCAGCCGCUGAUCAGCAAAAUCCGCCGCCGUUGAGCCGAUAUGAGUCGCAGAAGAGACGGGACUGGAUCACUUUCGGUCAGUACUUAAGGAACCGAAGGCCACCUGUGGCUCUUUCUCAGUGUAACGCUAAUCAUGUUAUCGAUUUCCUUCGUUAUCUCGAUCAGUUCGGAAAGACUAAGGUGCACUUACAAGGUUGCAUGUUCUUCGGCCAACCUGAGCCACCGGGGCCUUGUACCUGCUCUCUUAGACAAGCUUGGGGUAGCCUAGAUGCUCUUAUCGGCCGACUCCGUGCCGCUUAUGAAGAGAACGGUGGAUCGCCGGAGACCAACCCUUUCGCCAAUGCUAUGAUACGUAUUUACCUUCGUGAAGUGAGGGAUUCUCAAGCUAAAGCUAGGGGAAUUCCUUAUAAGAAGAAGAAGAAGAAGCGGAAUCCAUUGAAGUCUAAUGAAGAUAGCUCAAGCUUCCCUACUCAGCAACCUUGACAUGGAUUUCCCUUAUAAAACUGGCACAAAAUAAAAUUUCAAGAGUUUGAUCAGUUUACAACUCCCAGAAAUCACAACCAAUUCCUCCUUGGAUCAAUAUUCUGGGUGUUAUAUAUAUAUAAAAGCUGGAAUUGAAGAGGUAAGUUGCUUCUGUCUUGUGUUAUAUUUCCUUUCACAUUUCAGUAUGUUAAUAAGAACUGUUUGGUCCAAGUUUGUCCUAGGAACUAUUCUCCAUGUGUAACUACA